GAGACGCUGCAGAACUAGUGGCACAGGUCUGUACUUUGGAGACAGACUUACCUCUCCGGAGGGAGAGAGACCCAGCCCUGCCUCUCCACAACCGUGUCACUGUGUGCAUGUUACUGACCUGACUUAUUGCACCUGCUGAAGAGGCCAUGUCCCUCCGCCGAGAUACUGGGGGCAUUUCGUGAAACAAGGAGUGGCUAUGAAUCUGCGUCCAAGGACUUCAUCCCUGAUGACCUGGACGUCCAAGUCCCUGGAAGAGCCUUCAUGGUCACCGGGGGGAACAGUGGCAUUGGAAAAGCAACUGCCUUCGAGAUCGCCAGGCGAGGUGGCACAGUUCACCUGGUUUGUCGAGAUGAAAACCGAGCGGAAGGUGCCAGAGGUGAGAUCAUCAGGGAGAGCGGGAACCAGAACAUCUUUCUGCACAUUGUGGACUUAUCUGAUCCCAAGACAGUCUGGAAAUUUGUUGAAAAUUUCAAGCAGGAACAUACCCUCAAUGUCCUGAUCAAUAAUGCAGGUUGCAUGGUCAAUAAGAGAGAGCUCACGGAAGAUGGACUUGAAAAAAACUUUGCUACCAACACUCUGGGUGUGUAUGUUCUCACGACCGCCCUGAUCCCCGUCUUGGAGAAAGAACACGACCCCAGAGUGGUGACAGUCUCCUCUGGAGGAAUGUUGGUUCAGAAACUGAAUACCGAUGAUCUACAGUCAGAAAGGACAGCAUUCGAUGGUACCAUGGUCUAUGCACAAAACAAAAGGCAGCAGGUGGUCCUGACGGAGCAGUGGGCCCGAGCGCACCCGACCAUCCACUUCUCGUGCAUGCAUCCCGGCUGGGUCGACACCCCAGGUGUGCGGUUGUCGAUGCCCGGGUUCCACGCCAGGCUGGGGGCCAGGCUGCGCUCUGAGGCCCAGGGCGCGGACACCGUGCUGUGGCUGGCCCUCGCCCCGACUGCCGCCGUGCAGCCCAGCGGCCGCUUCUUCCAAGACCGGAAACCAGUGCCCACACAUUUGCCUUUUGCUAGAACAUCGUCCUCACCGGCUGAAGAGGAAAAACUAAUUGAAAUCCUGGAAGAGCUAGCUCAGAGAUUUAAAUAGGCCAGGCCAGGCCAGACCCAACGCGGGGCUGGAACCGCCUCAGAAAAUAUGGGAAGGUGUGGCCCAGGGGUAGACCAGUACACGGACCCCACGUCUAGACGUCCCCGUAGAUUGGCCCAUAUUCCACUGCUGUGGUCUGAGCUGCUUCCUCUCCUUCUGCAGUCAUAGAAAUCAGCCCCGUUCUUUAUACAAAGCCUAGUAUUGAAGCCGUGACCCACCAUCUCCUCACUGUGGGACCACAGGUGGGUUACUUACCCUCCGGGGGCCUCAUUUUCCCUGUCAGUGGAGAUUUUAGUGCUACUGACCUCAAGGGGUGGUUUUAACGAUUUCGUGAACUACUAGUAAUGCACUUAGAAGAGCGCUUGGUGCAUCCUAAAGACUUGAUAUAUGUUUGUUAGCUAUUAACAUCAGCUUUAACUGACAAGUGUGCUAAAACUCACGGAAAAAAAAAAAAUCCCCCUAAGGGUUACCCCCUGUAGCAAUGAGGAGCCACACAGAAUGGGAGCUUUUAUUUUAAAGUAAAUACGACUGGGGCUGGGAACUAGCGAAUCUGCCUCUUCCGCAGUAUCUUCUUUUCCCGUGUAAAUUUCUCCUUUGGGAUGUGGUUUUUUCCUAAGAUUCCAUGGCCUGGUUUAUUUACAUUUGCUACGAUUAGAAGUGGCAUGGACAUACAUACACUACCAAAGUAAAGCAGCUAGCUAGUGGGAAGCAGCUGCGCUGCGCUGGGAGGUCAGCUCCGUGCUCGGUGACCACCUAGAGGGGUGG